AUGCCUCCCCACACAACUCUGCAAUACGCCAUGCCUUCUAAUCCAACAAAUCCAAAGCUCACGACAACAACAAACGGUACUACACAAAUGAAUACAAAUUCUAAACCUUUGACGUCUACAACAUCCCGACCAAGGAGGGCGACCUCCGCAUCUUCGUAUAUCUUCGCUCCAAGUUGGUUAAUAAACUUAAAUAAUAAUAAUAAAGGAGGACCUUCAACUGUGUUGAGUCCAGCAUAUGCAUCAACUACAGAAUGUCCUUCAGUGAAAGAAGAAAGUAAGGGAUUAGGAACAUUAAAGAAAGAUGGGCUUGGUGGUAUUAAGCAAGUUAAGGAUGGCCAGGAGAAAGAUGGCAACUCUUCUAACACUAGCUUUUCACGAACAUCGACUAUUGGCACUUUGCCAUUGACGCCUAUCCGACCAAAAGCAAGUUCACGUUCAACGACCACCGGAGAGAUGGAUGGAAUUGAGACGGUGACGAAAGGAGUUCACGGGCGAUCACGCUCAGUAUCUCAAGCUGGAUCUACUAUUUCGUCUUCUCCAACAAGCUUUGAUCGAAAUUUUCCCACAUUGGCGAAAAAGAAACAAUUUCCUUUGUCAGUCGAUCUUCCGGCAAGCAAUGUUGAUAAUAUGUGGAAAAAUUCUGAUACAAAAUCAAAAUUGCUUUCUCCAACUUCAACUCCAAUAGCCGAAGAUACGAUACAUAAUCCAACCAUUGAUGAUGAACCCGAGUUGGAAAGGAGAAUGUCGUUGGUGCCUAAAGUUGAAAGCGGAAAGUUGGAUGGGAAACGAGCUAUCAAGAGUUCUGUAAAACGUAAGACUAGUCGAUCUUUGUCAAUGGAUAGCGCUGCAAGAGGACCAAUCAGUCCUGGCCUUGGAAUUGGAACCGGUAUUACUGGUAAUCGAACGCUAGGUCAGGCACAACACUUUAGACUUAAUUUGAAAGAAACAGUAGCCGCCAAAAAUGUUAAUGGUGUUCAUAAUCAAGGGUCACGCGUGGUAACAAUUUCAACUCCAAGUGGAGUAAAAAAGACAACACGUAUUGGUAAUGGCCAAACAUUAACUGGCAGAAAAUUGAGUAUCGGUGGAAGCUCCAAAUUCAAUUGGAGUAAUAAUACAAUGGGAAAGAUGGGACAUUUCAAGAUGAUGUCUGAUGAUGAUGAAAGACACACAGUUGAUCGUAGAGAUGAUUACUUACAAAAUGAUCGAGAUCAUAUUGAAGAAGAGGUGGAUGAAGAAAGUGAAAAUAAUAUAGAAGGAGGAAAAGACAAUUCUGACAAACCUCAAGUUACAACCGAUGUAACCACGGUUGAAUCUUGCCCGGUUGAUGAACUAUUGUCUUCAUCUCCAAACUCAGCCUCUCUUGAACGAGAAGAAAAUUUUCUACGUCAAUUAGGCUGGCAAAAACCUUAUGACAAAGAUGCUGAUAGUAACAAAUGGGCUAUUACUGAAGAGGAAAAGCGUUUGUUCAUCAAUUUGGUUCGUGCUCUUACCGGAGUUUCUAUUACUGGAACAAAUAAUAUUUUAUCUAACGGUGAGAUUGAUCGAGCCAAAAAAAAAUGGGCAGCUAUUAAGAGUGAAAAUAGUAAAAAUUGUUUAGCUUAUCACCAACACAAUGUUGCCAAACACGUCACUUUUAAUUAA